AUGCCUAAUUACAUGUUUCAACUUCAAUCAGCUGUUCUCUCCAACCCCCCUCCUCCUCCUGCUUCCAAUUCAGAUACCCUUGACAAUGCUGCCUUGCUUUUUGCAGGCUCUGUGUUCAACAGCCAGACCCACAAACUCACUACUUCCUCCCCAACCCUUCAAUUCAAAUCCCUCAAGCCCAAUCCAUUCAAGUCGUGCCGGAGGGCUUUCUGCGGCCGCUUCCAUGGCUCUCCAAGCGCCUCUCUCCAUCAUGAGAUUCCGCUUGGACAGGUCAUCAACUGGCACAACAUCAUCUCAUCCACCGAGCCUCCUCCCUUCAAUCCUCCUUUGCUAGCUGAAGCCACUCGCCAUGAGGAGCACGGGGAUGCCAAUCUGCUUGGAGAUGACUUUGACCCUUUGGCUGGUUACGAAAACAAGGACUGGGUGAUUGGUGAUCUUGAUACUAGAAGGAAAUCUGACCAAACAACCACAAUUACAGAGCAAGAUUCAUCCAACCAUUGCCAUCAGGCUUCAUCUCAAAAACCUAAUCUCACACAUCAUGUCUCCGCUAGUUGUGCUCAAGAAACUUUACAACCUGGUGCAGCUACCCUCAAGCAUUGCUCUCACAAACCUAGAGCUGCCAGGCAAUAUCAGACCUUCAACUCACUAGGCAGAGUGCAUAUACUCAAGAAAGAGGAGGAGAAAAUUGUGAAACAACAAAUCUGUUUGCAAGAAAACCGCUCCGGCCAGCAAGCGCAAACCAAUUGA